AGAAAAACUUAGGCGCCAGCCGAUGUGUGUAGGCUAUGUAGCAUAGUUAUAUCUUUUUGAGUUAAACUGGCCUGCAACUGCUCUAUAUAAUGAAUAAUUCUUAAUUUUUCUGUUAUAAGUAAUGUUAUAAUGAGUUUUCAAUGUGUUCACUGAAUAAAGAAAUACUGUGAUAAAAUAAUACAAAUAGAUACCGUAGUAUUCACAGCAUCACAAAAAAAAAAUACGAUUAUAAAUCCCUUUGAUAAACAUACCUUUAGCAAAAGUGAUUUUAUCAGUGUGUAAAUUAAAAUUGACAUGUACCUAGAUACACAAGAAACCAUUUCCUAGUGUUUAAAAAAGUGAAUGCCCAUAGAGUUUGAAAUCCAUAGGGCGCGGUUAUGUCCUUAUUAGAUAUAAUUUAGCCUGCAGAUAGAAUAGUUUUAUGAUAUAGAAUACCUAGAGUGUAAAUCAGUAGUUGAAUGUCUGUAUUUUCCAAGGUCCACCUUCUUCUAAUAGUGGCACUUUGUGAUUAUGGACUCUUCAGCUGAACAUUGGGACCCAGCACUCACUCGCCUGCUCGCAUCAUUGAAAGAAGUACAGUCUGGUGGAGAAGAUGUGGCAUUUCUCAGUGAACUGCUGCAGUCUAAACAGCUCCAUGCUCUAGUCCAAGUACAUAACAAAAUAGUAGCUAAAGGCAAAGAUGAUAAAUUCUAUCCUAUUCUCUCCAAUGCCAUGCAAGUUACUCUAGAAGUUUUUGAGCUACUCCAUGAAGUUGUAACAGUGUCAAAAGAAUACGGAGAACUUCUUAGCUUAUUGCAGAAACCACAUUUUCAAGCAAUAUUGUGCACACAUGACGCGGUCGCGCAAAAAGACUAUUAUCCGCAUUUACCAGAUAUCCCACCUGAACUUGAUGAUGAAGAGGAAACAGUGAAAAUCGUUCAAUUAGUUAAAAGUGACGAACCUUUGGGUGGAGCACAGAGUGCAGAGCCAAUAGUGGGCGCAACGAUAAAAACUGAUGAAGAGACCGGCAAAAUAGUGAUAGCUCGUGUAAUGCAUGGCGGUGCCGCAGACAGAUCUGGGUUGAUCCACGCCGGCGACGAAGUAAUCGAGGUCAACGGUAUCAGCGUAGAAAACAAGACGCCUGCCGACGUCUUGUCCAUACUGCAAAGCUCUGAAGGUACUAUUACCUUCAAAUUAGUGCCCUCUUUCGGUAAAGGAGGUUCGCGAGAGAGUAAAGUGAGAGUACGGGCACUCUUCAAUUACAAUUCAUCAGAAGACCCGUACAUACCCUGUAAGGAGGCGGGGCUCGACUUCAAGAAAGGCGACGUUCUGCACAUCGUGUCCCAAGAUGACGCAUACUGGUGGCAAGCGCGAAGAGAAGGCGACAGGGUGAUGAGAGCAGGUUUGAUACCUUCGAGAGCACUUCAGGAAGGUCGUAUCAUACACGAAAGGCAAACGGAUCCACAAACUUUAGAAGGCAAGCCGGCUCUUUGCAGCUCCUCCAAUUCGAACUCGGACUGUGGUCCGAAGACCCCCUGCUCGCCCACACCGACGGCCACCGCACUCCUACCUUGCAAGUCUACACCUAAAGUGAAAAAGGUUAUAUAUGACAUUACAGAGAAUGAUGAUUUUGACCGCGAAAUAAUUCCCACGUACGAAGAGGUAGCGCGGUUAUACCCGCGUCCUGGGAUGGUCAGGCCGAUUGUGUUGGUAGGGGCACCCGGAGUGGGCAGGAAUGAGUUGCGCAGGAGGCUCAUAGCCACCGAUCCUGAAAAAUAUGUCACGCCUAUACCAUUUACGUCUCGACCUCCAAAAGCUAGCGAACAAAACGGCAAAGAUUACAUGUUUGUUAGUCGUGAAAAAAUGGAACAGGAUAUAGGUUAUGGAAAAUUUAUUGAGCAUGGCGAAUAUAAGGGAAACUUAUAUGGAACGUCGGAAGAGAGCGUCGAGUCUAUCAUAAAUUCUGGUCGCGUAUGCGUGCUCAGUCCGCACUGGCAGGCGUUGAAGAUGCUCCGCACGCCGCGGCUCCGGCCGUACAUUGUGUUCAUCAGACCGCCCCCGCUCGAGCGCCUCGUCGAAACCAGGACCGCAGCCAACGCACGCUCUUCCUUCGACAAAGAAUCUUCCAGGGCUUUUACGGAGAACGAGUUCUCGGAGAUGGUGCGGUCGUCGAAUCGCAUCAACUUCUUGUACGGCUACAUGUUCGACGACGAGAUCGUCAACGAAGACCUGGCGGGGGCUCUGUCGCAGCUGCUCAAGGUCGUGUGGCGAGUACAGUCUGAGCCGCUGUGGGUGCCCGCCUCUUGGGUACAGUAAGCGUCUUCACACCUGUAUCUUUCACACGCUCCUUUCAUCGAUUAAUGAUCUUUUGUGCGAAAAACUUCACAUACAUAACCGUUUUCGAGAUCUAGUAAAACUACCAACAAAACAACGGUGGAGAUAUAACAUUUUUUUGGUGUAGAUUCCUGUAAAUAACUGCUUUCUGCGUAAACGCGCCUUAUCCUUGUCGUUAAGCCCGUUUGAACUAGUCAGGGAUGCCAAACUAUACGCAUUCCAUUUGUGACCCGCGGAAAAUUAUUCCCAUAUGCAUGUAAUUAUACUUAAUCAUUUUAAUCAAUGUUUUUAGUUCUUAUAUGUGAGUACGUGCAAAUCUGUAUCUACCAAAGUCUAGUCAAAGUAGACCUCAAGUGUUUACUAUCAUUUAUUAGAAUAACCUUAUUGGCAAUGUACAAGUGGACAAACUUAUGGAGUGUAUAUACAAUAAUAUGUAGGAUAAUAGCAUAAUUUAGCUCAUUCGUGUACAUGUUGUGUAUACCUAUUUUGUUGUUGAAAAUAUGAGUACAAUAUUUAGUUCAAUUUCUUUAGAAGUGGUUCCUUAUUAAAGAUGAAAAGCCUUAAAUAUAUUUUUGCUUAUUAGAUUUUUAUAUAUCAUAUAUAUAUAACGAAGAGGCUUCGCAAAAGAGUUAUGGUAUUUUAUUAACGUGAAUUUAUUAGAUGGAAAUGUUAAACGCAUAUCGUAGGGUUGUUUUGAGCAGCAAUAAGUUUUACUCAAGCAACUUUGGUUUUGCAAAUAAAUGUGUCGCAUAAGAAACACUUGUUAACGAUUCUAAAGUUUCUUAGUCGAAUUAAAGUAAUUGUACCUACUACUGCCUAAACGUAUUUCAGUUGUUUAGGAAUUGCAUCUAUAGUCAUGUAAAUACGAAUUUAAUCUAUUCAAAUACUACUUUUCCACAUAAAUAAGAACUUAUCUAUUGAAUUCAUAAGAAACAAUUCCCAAAAAAAUUUAGAUAAUUGCAACUUUUGAAAUUCCCUAUCACUAACUAAACUUUUUCAUUAAUUACAAAAUUAUUUCAAACCAUAUAAAGCUACGAAAAAAAAACUAUCGUGUAAGUCCAGGAAAUACCCGCUCCAGUAUACCAUAAACGACCAUGCUUCCAGUAAAAUAGUAGCUUAUAAAUACAUUAACUUAAAAAUAAUAUGACAUAAUUAUAUAUUUUAAACAUUGCAAAUUGUAUGCCUACUACAGAUCCCGUUUUGCAGACAAGUUGGAAUUUAUGAUUUUGAGUCUAGAGAUGCGAGAUCACAUCCAUACAGCUUACUUCAGACUAUUCGUCAAAUUUGAUGGCGGUUCGCAAUUAUUUUCUGAGGGUUUCGUAAAGGAACUUGGUUGAAAUUAAAGAUGAUCUUGCUCGUAUGGGUUUAUUGAUGAGACUGACUUUUUACAUUUUUAUUUCUUUUCCUAAGUGACAAAAUUACAUUAAAUCUCAAUACCUAAAAUACAAACUUAUUUGAUAAUUGGAUUCUACUACUUCCCUAACACUACAGAAACGAAACCUACUUAUAAAACUCUACACACUAAUUUAAAAUGUAUAAAUUACAUUAUUAAAAAAAAACAAUAACGAGUUGUUAACUAUUCUUUGUAGGUACCUAAUUUUAGCUCUUGACAAAUUAUUUAAGCCCACCAAGCCUAAAGGGCUUAAUAAAAUUAUACAUAACACAUUAAAAUGAUAAUCUAAUCCCUAACAUCUAAUCCUUAUCUAUUGGCAUUUAUUAAAACUACGCUUCGUUUCACACUUGUUACUUCUAGCAACAUAAACACGUGUGACCCCAUCUUCGCCGGGGUACUUGGCGACAAUCCGACCCAAAGCCCAUUUUCCUGGAGGUUAGAUAUAAUCCAUCCUAGGCUCGUAUUUUGUGCACAUGGUGUUCCUGGAGGACCUUUGAUUACUUCUCCUUUCAUUAUUUGGGCGCAUACGUCAACACCUAGUAACAAAUCCACUCGUUCUGAUUUAUUAAAGCUUGGAUCGGCUAAAGCAAGUCCUUGCAGAUGCAGCUAGGUACUGGUGGAGAUGGUUCGUGACGGUACGUUGGCGGUGAGUCUCGUAGACAUGAUAUAUGUUUUGAUUUUCAGAUUGAAACUAGCGUCGUGUCUUGAUAAUAUUUCGAUUUCUGCAGAAUGUUUAACGUUCGUUUUGGUUGAGCCAAGUCCAGUGAUGGUGCCAAUGAUAGGCGUUCCCUUUACUCGUAGCAUCUGGGCUGCUCUUUCACUCAUAAAUGUAGCUUGUGAGCCGUGGUCGAUCAAAGCACGAAACACUAACACUUGUCCUGUUUCGUUUUUUCUUACUGGCACAAGUGCUGUGGCCAGUAAUGCAGUGGACGCGUUGGCAGCGAUGUGCGAUUAAAUGGUAACUCCGGUCUCUGCUGAUUCUACAGAAUCCUUUGAUGUUUCAAUCUCCUUAUUCAUGUCUCUUGUUGUUGUUUGGCUGCUUGUCUGACUUGGUGACUGAUGCGUAAGAGUAUGAUGUCGCUUGUGAUAUAUACGACAGGAUAUCUUCAGACGACAUCUAUAUGCGGAGUGUCCAGGAGCCAGACAGAAAUUCUAAACACUAAUUUAAAAUGUAUAAAUUACAUUAUUAAAAAAAAAUCAAUAACGAGUUGUUAACUAUUCUUUGUAGGUACCUAAUUUUAGCUCUUGACAAAUUAUUUAAUCUACUGAGGAGUUCCUACUUUGCCGGAGCCGUGUCCCAAAUUGGCUACUAACGCUGAUUUUGAAAAUAAAAGCGAUAUACUGAUUAUCACUACAUAGUGUUAUGUAUUUGCGCGGGAAACGGGGAACAACGCAGUACGUCAAUUAUAUCGCCUGUUGUCGCCUUUCCUUCCCUCUCUGGGUUGUGAGGUAGGCUCGGGGUGGUCGGUAGCAGGCGACAUCACAUCUGGAAUCACGUCGGAGUCCCAGUCUUGGUCUUCACCGGUUGGCUUUGGUACUGAUGUAGACAGUCUUUUUCUUAUUUGGUCCAUAUGUCUGGUGACCUCACCGUUCAACUGCGGCACGUACACAGCGUACAUAAUAUUGCCGAUUUCUUUCUUAAUUAUACCCUCGAGCCAACAGACUUUGUUGUUGUUAAUAUUCUUGGUUAUCUAGACAAUGUCGUUCUCUAUGAAGUCUGGUCUUUGUACACCUCGGUAGUUACAAUCAACAAAUUUUAUUCGUAAAAAGGCGGAAACGCGCGGGACGCAGCCCGCGCACGACGUACCAACGUCACGGCGCGCAUUCGGCGCCAGGUUUACCAACCUAACACAUAGUAAAAAACAAAGUCGCUAAAAAAUCUUCAAAACUACUCAACCGAUUUUCAAGCGGUUUUUUAAUAGAUAGGGUGAUCAAAGAAAAAGUUUUAUAUGUAUAAUGUUAUCCCGUGCGAAACCGGAGCGGGACGCUGGUAUCUUAUACAGUGCCCUUUAAGCCCUUUGCCUUUUCCUCAAAAGCUUUGCCUCAAAAGCUACAUGCUCAGUCACGAUAGAUAAGGACUACUACAAUUGAUAAAGAUAGCGUGCUGUGGGCGGUGUGGGGGUCUAAACUUGUCCCGAUCCCGUUGCUUCUGCCACAAAGUCCUCGCAGAAAGACAGCGUCUCAGGCGUCGGCCUAAUUGACAGCGAUCGUACGAUGACACGAUGCGUUCUCGUCGUGCGAUGAGUUCAAACGUACAGAUUUCAUCAGAGUGUCCUAUUUGAACCUCGCAAGUAAUCGUGCGAGCACACGAAAUGCUUAAUAACGAUCGUACGAUACAUUUGACCGUGCGACCAUAGUCAAAUCAAAGUGACAACAGUCAUUUUGGGUCCAGCUAACCACUUUAGAUGAUGGUAGAACUGCGAUGGUGUCCUGUCCUUUAUCUUUUCAUCAAACAAUUGCCUUAUUCUUUUGUGUUCAGGUACCUCUAAGCGUUUUGUUAAUUCUUCCUUUAGCUUAAGAUAUUUUCCUUCCAUAGGUGGGUUACUAUAAUAUCUUUCACCUUCUCAAUACUUAGUUUCUUUAUCCAGUUGGUUGACAAGAUAGCUGUAUUUUGUUUGAUCGUCUGUGAUUCCAGCUGUCUGGAACUGGGUCUCUGCUAUGGAGAACCAAAUCCUGGUUGUUGAAUACAAAAGGGGCGGGGCAUAAGAUCCUGCCAGUUUUCAUUUUCUUCUAUUUCUCUCUUGGAGAAAGAAAUAGCUAUCUCUAUAAUCCAUUCCUCUAGUUCAUUUUUUUUUCGGCCAGAACUAUUUGUAUUUGGAUUUCAAGUGACGACAUGGUUGGUUAGUAUUUUUAUAGCGGAGAUACUAUUAAUUCCUAUGUUAUUAUUCCUUUCAGUACAAGUAGAUUAUUCACUGGCUGCACAACUUAUUAGACAGUUAAUUGACUAGGAUAGGUAAUCCGUACUUUUAAUCUAAGUAGAAACGGUUAAAAUUAAAAUGUAUGUUUUGAAUUGCUGAGAACGCCUCCAUCACUAUCUUUCCCGUAUGCACCUACGUCAAUGAUGCGAAAUGUGUUGUCUGAAUCGGAGACCGCUAAUUAAACAAUUGAGUAAUUAUUUUUGUAGUUGUAUUUGAGUAGUUGCCUUAUUCUUUUGUGUUCAGGUUUUACUUUUUACAUUUUUAUUUCUUUUCCUAAGUGACAAAAUGACAUUACAUCUUGAAGGUUCAAUACCAACACAAAAUUAUUUGAUAAUUGGAUUCUACUACUUCCCUAACACUGAGCAAUAAGAAAAAAAAAUCGGCAGAAACGACUACUUAUAUAACUCUAAACACAAUUUAAAAUGUGUAAAUUACAUUAUAAAAAAAAUCAAUAACGAGUUGUUAACUAUUCUUUGUAGGAACCUAAUUUUAGCUCUUGACAAAUUAUUUAAUCUACUAAGGAGUUCCUACUUUGCCGGAGCCGUGUCCCAAAUUGGCUACUAACGCUGAUUUUGAAUAUAAAAGCGAUAUACUGAUUAUCACUACAUAGUGUUAUGUAUUAGCGCGGGAAACGGGGAACAACGCAGUACGUCAAUUAUAUCGCCUAUUGUCGCCUCUCCUACCCUCUGUGGUUGUGAGGUAGGCUCGGGGUGGUCGGUAGCAGGCGACGCCACGUCUGGAAUCACGUCGGAGUCCCAGUCUUGGUCUUCACCGGUUGGCUUUGGUACUGAUGUAGACAGUCUUUUUCUUAUUUGGUCCAUAUGUCUGGUGACCUCACCAUUCAACUGCGGCACGUACACAGCGUACAUAAUAUUGCCGAUUUUUUUCUUAAUUAUACCCUCGAGCCAACAGACUUUGUUGUUGUUAAUAUUCUUGGUUAUCCAGACAAUGUCGUUCUCUCUGAAGUCUGGUCUUUGUACACCUCGGUAGUUACAAUCAACAAAUU